UUGGCAGCUGCAGUACGAGAUAUUUUGUUGUAGAAAGAAGCAGGCCCAUUCCCGUAAUCACGGAGAAACAUAUCAUUCCGCUCAAUAAUAUGUACUGACGAAGAAGUCAGAAUGGAAUCGCAAGGUAGAAAGCAAAGUUAUUUAGCUAAGUCCCCAGCUCUGUGUAAAUAAAUGGAUCAAAGGGCCGGCAGAUUGAACGGGCCAGUUUCCGCGAUUAGUUGCCCGGAAGCAGGCCUGGCAGGCAAGUUCUUACCAAUGUCUCCCGAGUUCACUGGACAAGGCCUUUGCUAAGAUGUUGUUGUUCAUGUUGGUGUUGGCGAGGUGGAGUUGUUGUAUUGGGCUGAAGAGGAGACUUGAGCCUCAACCCCACGUGGAUGAAAGAGGAAAUGGUCAACUACAUAAUCUCUUCCAAUGUCCAAUACCAGCAUCAUCCUCGUCAUCAUUGAUAUCACGACAGAACGGCCGACGCAUCCUUUAUUACGUGGCGGGAGAAAAGCAGCUUUCAUUCUACGCUUUCAGAUUUCCCAUUUUAGGUUUUGAUUCUCUUAUCUAUCUGUCAACCUGGAGGCGACUUCAGCACGCAUGGCAGCGAGGGACCGAUUUGGUGCCUACGCUGAACCCGCGCAAUCAACGCUACAACGAUACAUCCACAAUGCUUGCGACCCACAGAAUUUCGAACCCAACCUCGCUCUGAACCUCGAAGUAGCGGAUCUGAUAAACUCCAAAAAGGGCAAUGCGCCUCGGGAAGCCGCUGUCAGCAUAGUACAGCUCAUUAAUUCGCGGAAUCCCAAUGUCGCGUUGCUCGCCUUAGCGCUUCUUGAUAUAUGUGUGAAGAAUUGCGGAUAUCCAUUUCAUCUCCAAAUCAGCACGAAAGAAUUCCUUAAUGAACUGGUACGGAGAUUCCCCGAACGCCCUCCGAUCCGACCAUCCAGGGUACAGCAUCGAAUUCUAGAGUCGAUCGAGGAAUGGCGACAGACAAUAUGUCAAACAUCACGAUACAAGGAGGAUUUGGGGUUUAUCAGGGAUAUGCAUCGCCUGCUACUUUACAAAGGUUACAUGUUCCCGGAAAUUCGGCGGGAGGAUGCUGCAGUCUUAAAUCCUAGCGAUAAUCUCCAAUCUGCUGAGGAAAUGGAAGAAGAGGAACGAGCUGCCCAAUCAGCUAAACUUCAAGAGCUCAUUCGAAGAGGAGGCCCUGAAGACCUACAGGAAGCGAACAGGUUGAUGAAAGUGAUGGCGGGGUAUGACUUGAGACAUAAAACGGACUACCGAGCGAAGGCUGCUGAAGAGGUCGCCAAGGUCCAACAAAAGGCGAAGCUUUUGGAGGAAAUGCUUCAAAGUUACAAAGCAGGUGAUAAAUUAACAGAAGGGGAUGUCUUUGAGGAACUCGCCAACGCUCUGCAAAGCGCACAUCCGAAAAUCCAGAAAAUGUGCGAGGAGGAGUCGGAUGAUUCAGAAGCUGUUGCCAAACUCUUAGAAAUCAAUGAUAGCAUACAUCGGACGAUCCAGCGCUAUAAGUUAGUGAAGUCGGGCGACCUAGAUGGGGCUGCCAAAAUUCCGAAAGGAACGCUGGGGACAAAGACCGGCGUGAAGAAGAAUUCCGAUAAUGAGUUAUCCUUGAUCGAUUUUGGCGACGAUACUGAACCUAGCUCCAAUGGCAGCACGACUGUCAGUACGUCGCAAUCGCAAGCUCCACUGUCAUCGGAGGGCGACCUCCUUGGUCUUUCAUUUCAAGAAAAUUCACAACCACAAGGUGGCGGCAUAUCUCUCGGACAUGGCCUCAGCUCAGGUCUAUCGACGUUACCGGGGCUCUCGUCUACAUCAUCACUAUCCGGAAACCUGUUUAAUAGCCCAGCCCUUUCCACAUCUGCUGUCUCAGUGUCGGAAACCCAGCCCCCGACAUCUAUGCCAGCCUCAAUCCAGCAACCACAACUAACAGCAACGACCCCACCAGCGGAUACAUUCGCAUCUCUAGGCUCGGCACGUUCCCAGACAUCGUCACCGUUCAACCACCUGCAAAGCUCCCUGGUCUCUAGCUCCUCACCAUCGUCCCUUCUUGACCUAGGGCAGGGAAUGUCUCAGAGAGCAACGCCGCCGACAGCACCCACAGCUACUGCAGGGGAUGAUGAAUGGACCUUCGCCUCGGCCCUUCCGGAGAACAAUCUGCCUAGCACCAGCAAGGUACAAGUCCUGAAGUCAUCGAUAGGCAUUGAUUUCGCCGCCUGUAGGAAUGCAGGGGAUCAGAAGAUUCAUGUAGUAGUCUCCUUUUCAAACAAUACCAGCCAACCAAUUUCGGACCUCCACUUCCAAGUUGCAAUUGAGAAGGCAUAUAAUUUACAACUGACGCCACAGUCUGGACGUAACAUAGCCCCGCUGCAGCAGAAUGGAGUUCGUCUUGAAAUGCACUUGAGUGGAAUCCCAUUCGGGAACGGGAACUUGGUUAAACUGCGGUAUAAGGUUUCGUAUAAGCUUGGAACGGAGGAAAAGGAAGAGCAGGGGCGUGUACCUCCCUUAGGCAUAGCAUGAUUGUACUAUUUGCAAUUCACCACCCUUUCUCUUCGCUCUUUGAACUAGCUUGUUGAAAACGAGAGCGUGAACGACAGAAGCGAAGGGGGGUUGGGAAAUCGAGAUAAAUAAACCAAGCAUGACGCAGGAAUCUAUAAAGCCGACCAAGAAAUAGCUGGCAAACAUUACGAAGCUAGUGACUUUUUUCAACGAGACUUCCAAGUUCUUUUCGAAGUGGAAGCGUUGUUUCCCUCUUUGUUUAAUACUGGCUCCCAAUUUUGACCAAUCUAAUGAGACUCCGCGGCUCCUGUACUCUUUUUUACUCUUUUUUCUUGCUUUCGCAUUCCUUCUAGUUAUUCCUUGUCAAAUUCUAGAACCCCAGAUUUUAUAGUGGUAAACAAAAAAAAAAAAAAAAAAAAAAAAA